AUGCGGUUCUUCUACGUCGCCCUCGCUGUCGCAGCCACACUCCUUGCCAGCACCGACGCAACUCCCACUGACUCUCAGCAAAAGUCCAACUUGCGGAAGUCCGUCAUUGCCAAGGUUGGCGUCGAUGCGAAGCGCUCUUUGCGCUCUUCCGAGGAGGAGCCUGCUGCUCCGCUGGUUGGUCUUGAAGAGCGUGGUGGUGGACUAAACUCUGAUAAGCUGUGGAAACUUGUCAAGUCCCACGAAGCUAUUCCAGUGGAAAUCGCGAAGCUGAGUGACAACGUGCAAGAAAAGAUCGCUGGCGUGUUGAUGGCCCAAAAUCUGUCUCUGGAGAAAUUCGCUAAGAAGGUAGGAAUGGAUGGUGCUCACGACACAGCACACCGCAACAACCCAUUUUUUCAGAAGUGGAAAGCUAACUUUUUAGACGGAAAGAAGCCGAAGAAGAUCCCUGAAGAAUGGAUCUAA